AUGCUGAAUUGCAGGCGACUAGAUGAAAGUAAGGGACGAUUUCUCUUUGACUGCGGUCUGGACGACUUCACAGGCUCCGGAACGAUCAAGGCCAUCCCUCACGACGAUGUGUUGGGCCGGCUCAAGCUUUCUGUGAAACUCCCGGCUCAGAAGUAUACCUUCACCCCGCAUGGCAUACGCACAACACUGCCUGUCGUACCGGUCUCGAGUUGUCCUCCUCCGUACAUCCUAGAGCGAUCUUCGUCAGAUGCUCCGUGGUCCCAAUGGUAUCUGAUGAUUCUCGGCUGCGAACACGUCGAUCAUCCUGGUGGUCUUCUCGGGCGCAUCUGCUACAUCCCUCCUUCCGCUGCUGGGGUGGAAUACUUGCACUGUGGAUAUAUGUACAUUCUCCCAAAGCCAAACCGGGGCACUCGGUUUCCUCGCCUCUUCCCGCUGUCGCCGGCAACCAUCGAGCGCUGUCGCAAUGUCAUCCAGAUAAAGACCGUCUAUAUCUCCCACCCGGAGCGCACUGCCGCACGAUCAAAGAACGCUCGUGAUGAGCCACACGAGACCAUCAAUCUCAUGUUACGGAAGGCGACGCGCGAUGCUCUCCGCGCCCAAGGGUACAAGGCCGAACUCCGAGGUCCAGAUGAGGGCCACCCGACCACUCACUGGCUUACGCUUUCCAACGACGACUGCACGAUUUCCAUCGAGUACCAACAUAUGUUGGAGGAAGGUUGGUUGUUGAGGAUCGGGGCGGACGUGAAGAUGUCGCGACGCGCUCUUGACACAGGGGAGGAUGUCGAGGCGGAUCCUAGUUCUGUGAGGUGGAAGGAUUCCAACCCGUGGUACUCAUCGCUAUCCACGAAAGAAGUCUCCUUCACCCUCGCAGGAAAGAAGCUUGCCUUGAAGCUCGGCUUUGACUGGGCGGCGCUGUCGCACUACUUCCUACGCGUCGAGGUUGUCGAGGUUGUUGAGGUUGUCGAGAUGGAGGAGGCCACACCUGCAGUGAUGCUCGAGUGGGAAGUGGACGAAGACCAUCGGUAUUUCCGGAACCAACGGCGAAGCAGACGUGCAAGGCGUCAUGGUCGAGCUCCUGAAACCCCAGUCGUCGCGGACCUGGGGGCCGAUGACAAUGCGCACCCUGGCGCACCCGAGUCGGACGACAUUGCGAGUCAGCCAGAAAUGCAAAGUGGGGAGAGGACCAAUGGGGUUGACUAG